GAGCGCAAGCCAUAUUGAAGGAACGGGAGAAACCAGAAACCAGAGUAUUUUAAACGUAAGCAGCUGCACUACGUGGAAAUACUAGCAAAAAUGAAUCCAGGAGCUCCGAAUUAUCCUAUGGCCUCGCUUUAUGUGGGAGACCUGCAUACCGAUAUCACCGAGGCGGUGCUAUUCGAGAAGUUUUCAUCGGCUGGGCCCGUACUCUCGAUACGCGUCUGUCGUGAUAUGAUUACCCGACGCUCGCUCGGUUAUGCUUAUGUCAACUUCCAGCAACCGGCUGACGCCGAACGUGCAUUGGAUACCAUGAACUUUGAUAUGAUAAAGGGGCGGCCUAUACGUAUUAUGUGGUCUCAACGUGAUCCUUCCCUUCGAAAAUCUGGCGUUGGAAAUGUAUUUAUCAAAAAUCUAGAUAAAAACAUAGACAAUAAAGCAAUGUACGACACGUUCUCUGCUUUUGGUAACAUACUUAGUUGCAAAGUGGCUCAAGAUGAAUCAGGUUGUUCUAAAGGUUAUGGUUUUGUUCAUUUUGAAACUGAAGAGGCAGCAAAUAAAUCUAUUGAUAAAGUCAAUGGCAUGUUGUUAAAUGGAAAAAAGGUGUAUGUUGGUAAAUUCAUACCCCGUAAGGAACGUGAAAAGGAAUUGGGAGAAAAAGCCAAGCUGUUUACCAAUGUUUAUGUAAAGAACUUCGGGGAAGAUAUUACAGAUGACAAACUUAAAGAAAUGUUUGAAAAAUAUGGGACCAUCACCAGUCACAAAGUAAUGAGUAAAGAUGAUGGGAAGUCUCGAGGUUUUGGUUUUGUAGCUUUCGAAGAUCCUGACGCUGCUGAACGAGCAGUACUUGAAUUAAAUGGAAAGGAGGUUGCUGAAGGAAGGUGUAUGUAUGUUGGACGGGCGCAGAAGAAAGCAGAGCGUCAACAAGAACUGAAAAGAAAGUUCGAACAAUUAAAGAUAGAACGUUUGAAUCGUUAUCAGGGUGUAAAUCUUUAUGUAAAGAAUUUGGACGACAGUAUAGACGACGAACGAUUGCGUAAUGAAUUUGCUCCGUUCGGAACGAUCACCUCUGCUAAAGUUAUGAUGGAGGACGGACGUAGCAAAGGCUUCGGAUUCGUUUGUUUCUCGGCUCCUGAAGAAGCUACGAAAGCUGUGACAGAGAUGAACGGUCGUAUAAUAGUUACGAAACCAUUGUAUGUUGCUCUGGCUCAGCGUAAAGAAGAUCGUAAAGCGCAUCUCGCUUCUCAAUACAUGCAGCGUCUUGCAAACAUGCGAAUGCAACAAAUGGGCCAAAUCUUCCAGCCUGGUGGCGCUGGAAACUAUUUCGUUCCCACUAUCCCUCAGCCACAAAGAUUUUACGGUCCACAAAUGGCACAGAUUCGGGCGACGCCACGCUGGCCAGCGCAACCGAAUCAAGUACGACCCAAUGCACAAACUGGAGGCUCCGGUUUUGCUACGAUGCAAGGUCCGUUUAGAGCUGCACCACGUGCUCCUACUGCUCAAGCAAGUGCUAUGCGUAAUACGUUGUCUGCCAGACCUAUCACAGGUCAACAAGCGGUGGGCGGUGCAAACAUGCAAGGUCGUUCCAUGGCUGGCCCGGCAGUGGGAGUUUCAGCUCAGAACCGUCCGUCAAAUUACAAAUACACACCGAACAUGCGUAAUCCACCACAAGCAAUGGCAAUCCCUGCUCCUACUCCUGUUCAACAAGCUGUUCAUAUUCAAGGACAAGAACCAUUGACUGCCUCGAUGCUGGCAGCUGCUCCGCCACAGGAGCAGAAACAAAUGUUGGGAGAGCGUCUCUUCCCGUUGAUUCAAUGUAUGUAUCCGCAACUUACUGGAAAGAUUACUGGAAUGUUGUUGGAAAUCGACAACUCAGAGCUCCUGCACAUGUUGGAGCAUAACGAAUCGCUGAAAGCCAAGGUUGAGGAGGCCGUAGCUGUAUUGCAGGCUCAUCAGGCCAAACAGGCUGUGGCUUCUAAAAAAGAGUAAACAUCUUACAUUAGGCUAUUAUUUUAUUCUUUAAUUAUUCGUAACGAUGUUCAUUUUUUCCUUCCUCAUUCUGCAAUUCUCCUUGGUUUCAAAAGUGAUUUACUUCUAAAGCUUUUGAUGGCUUAAGCGAUUACUACAUACAAGAAUGACAGGAACAAUUGUUAUUCAAAUCUAAUAAAUGAUCAUGAAAGGGUUUUUCAUCAAGUUUUAUGAUAAUAAAUUUUCCUUUAAAAGUA